AGCGUGCACAUCGGUUGCGCGUCCGUGUAUCUGUUCCCGUGUCCGCGAGCGCGAGGCUGAGUGAUUCAGUGCUGCUUUCGGUUUUUUUAACACGCACAGCGGUUCGGUCCUUGGCACCGCCAUCACCGAGACUUCACAGCAAAAAUGUCCAAAUUGGAGCAGAUCCUUAUUCUUGAUCCACCGCACGACCUCAGAUUUAAAGGACCUUUCACAGAUGUAGUCACCACAAACCUCAAGCUGAAGAACCCCUCCGACAGAAAAGUAUGUUUCAAAGUGAAGACGACGGCGCCUCGCCGGUACUGCGUACGGCCAAACAGCGGCAUCAUCGACGCCGGCGCCGCCGUCACCGUCUCCGUCAUGCUACAGCCAUUUGACUAUGACCCCAAUGAGAAAAGUAAACACAAAUUCAUGGUACAGACGACUUUCGUACCUCCGAAUGUUUCAGACAUGGAAUUAGUGUGGAAAGAUGCGAAACCCGAUGAGCUCAUGGAUUCCAAGCUGCGAUGUGUCUUCGAACUGCCUACUGAAAACGAUAAAGUGAAUGACAUCGACUCGAGCAAAGCCGCGCCGAUCCUUAACGCGUCCAAACUGGACGGCUCAUCGGUGCCCAAGCCCAGCAGCGUCUCCCUGGACGACACCGAGAUGAAGAAGCUCAUGGAGGAAUGCAAGAGGCUUCAGUCCGAAGUCAUCAAACUCGGAGACGAGAACCGGCAACUCAAGGACGAUGGUCUGAGGAUGAGGAAGAUCCACCGCUCGGAGAACAUGGUAUCGAACACGUCCUCCCUGAUGGGCAGGGACCAAGGCUCCAGCUCCCUCCCCUCCCUGCUCGUCGUUAUUGCCGCCAUUUUCAUCGGAUUCUUCCUAGGGAAGUUCAUCUUGUAGAGGGAAAUCGCAUGCCAGCCCGGCUUCUGUUUAAAAGGCCUGGAAAAAAAAAUGUAUUUUUUUGUUGAUCUGCCAUAUCAUUGGUAGUCCGACACACAGUGAACAUGUUUGUGUACAGCAUCAUAUGCAGGCCUUGCCUUUAACAAUCUCUCACACGGUUAGUACACAUGCAGAAAAGAGAAAGAGAUUUCUCUUUUGUUGUUUUGUUUUUCCAGUUCUUUGGGAUGGGUGGGUUUCGGGGGAAAUUACACGGAUUUAAAAAAAAAAAACUAAAUAAAAUUGUACAUUUAUCAGAGCAUCAAUAGCAGGAGGGUCAAGGUUCUGCAUAGAGACCUUGACAGAAAUUGAUAAAUAAAAGCAUUGUUCUCUCUUUUCUCUCUGUGGUUUUCAUAAAGAGUUGAAUGGAAUGUUAAAGUGUCUUGUAAAUGUUAUUUUAAUCCUUUUAAGAAAAAAAAGAAAAACUAUAAAACAAAAAAGAGACUUUACUACCUGUUGCUGGAUUGCCUCAAAAUUUGUUUGUCCAGUUCAUAAUCCAGAAGUUUCGUAGGGAAUGUGAAGAGUUGGGCUGGGGAAAUAGGUGCCUCCCUCCUUAGAUGUUUCUUCAUCUUUUCCUGUCCCUGCUGACACCCAACACAAAAUAUUAUUGUUAUUAUUAUUAUUAUUAUUAUUAUUAUUAUUAUUAUUACUAAUACUCUUUUCUUUUGUUUCAUGACACAAAUUAUUUAUCCCUUGUGAGGCAAAUGCUGACUGAAAAUAAGGUCUCCAUUCUUACAAUUCUGUCCCAUGGUAUUUAACAUUGAAAAAAUAAAAAACAAAAAAGUAUCUUUAA